AUGUCUUCCAGUCUAUGUAUCCACCAGUCUGUGUACGAGAUCACCAGUAUGUCUACAUGUCCACCAGUCUAUAUAUCAAAUAGUAUGUGUACGAGUCCACCAGUAUGUCUACAUGUCUACCAGUCUAUGUAUCCACCAGUCUGUGUACGAGAUCACCAGUAUGUCUACAUGUCUACCAGUCUAUGUAUCCAACAGUCUGUGUACGAGAUCACCAGUAUGUCUACAUGUCUACCAGUCUAUGUAUCCACCAGUCUGUGUACGAGAUCACCAGUAUGUCUAAAUGUCUACCAGUCUAUGUAUCCAACAGUCUGUGUACGAGAUCACCAGUAUGUCUACAUGUCUACCAGUCUAUGUAUCCAACAGUCUGUGUACGAGAUCACCAGUAUGUCUAAAUGUCUACCAGUCUAUGUAUCCAACAGUCUGUGUACGAGAUCACCAGUAUGUCUACAUGUCUACCAGUCUAUGUAUCCAACAGUCUGUGUACGAGAUCACCAGUAUGUCUAA